AUGCCUCGUAGAAGACAGAGACAGCGGUAUGAUUUGCAGCAGAGUUUUGACAGUCUGAAGAGCUAUUACAGAUUCCCGCCUUUCCCGAAGCAUGCCCGCCACGUUGUGUACUCACUUCGCCUCGCACCUUACUCGCGUCGGAAUAGUCUUUCUGAAUUUCGUAUCAUAGGUGCGCCAAGGGAGCAAGCCGUUUUGGAUGUCAUGCAAACGUACAUCCCCACAGCCCCUACUCGGCAGACGUGUGAACGUUUCUUGGAAGUAGCCGCAUUGCUCUCGGUCUACUACGAUGCUGUCGAUCUGCUUCAUCAGAUGCCAAAGAGCUGA